AUGGGUUGUUGCUAAAGUAAUCCUAAUGGUAUCUAAGUUUUAACACUUCUUAGACAUGAACUCAGCAAGUGAAAUGGGCAAGGAGUUAACUGAUAUUCAUUUAGCUGAAUAUGAACCAAACAUUAUCAGUUUAGAAAAGAAAAUCAAAACUCCUGACUAAAUCAUUAGAGCCGAGCCAGAGAAAGUCUCAAUGAAAGAAUCUAGUUACCAUAAAGAUACAAAAAGUGAAAAAUAAGAGGAGGAGUCAAAAAAAAUAACUGAGUAACCAAGUGAUAUCAAAUGGAGCAUUAAACAAAGUAUGUUUGUCAAAAUCAAUUCUCAUAAAAAUGUUGGUGAAUACUAUGCAAUCAAGGAGUUAAUAGGAUAAGGUGGAUUUGGAAAGGUUUACAAAGUGACACAUCGAUAAACUGGUUACAUUUUAUACUCAUAACAGGCAUGGUUAGAGCCAUGAAGUAGAUACUAAAGUAGC